GCAACACGUAUCUUGGGGAGUGGGUGGAUCAUCUGGAACCGGUGUUCACUCAACAACUCAAUGUCUAUUACAUAUUAAUCGAUGAUAAUUUUGCAUUUUUUGAAACAAAUAUUUAAAAUUAACAACUAUUAACUGUUAAGAUUAAUCCAACAUGUAAAAUGGCGGUGUACAUGUGCGUUUAAGAAUAGGAUAUUAAAAAAAGUUUUCAAAGGUUUUCGUUAAAAAUUGAGAAUACAACAAAAUUAAAAAAUGUUUGUAAGAAAAUUGAGAGUUCUUUUGAAUGUUCAUGAACGAUUGUUAUACUCACGAUUAUAUUCAGCUGGACUUGUAUCGAAAGUUAACCUCAAUCAUCCAUAUAACAAUUAUUUAAAAAGUAUUCAUAAAAAUUUACCACAUAAUAAUUCACAAUUUAUUAUAUCAAGAAAUUUAUCAAAUUUAUCAGAAACACUUCAAAGAGAUAAUGAAGAGGAUAAUAACAAUGAUUCCAAGAAUGACGACUAUGAUAAACCAAGUUUUUCAGAAAAUUUGUUUGCUUAUAGUGUAUUGUUAAACAAUAAAAAACUUGAAAGUACAAUAAUGCCACGUUUAAUUCCUGAUGAGGAUAUUACAGAUUGUAUGAUAGAUAAAAUUCUGAACAAAAAUUAUGAAGACACAUGUUCAAAGGAAAUAUUGGAUGACUUUAAAACACUGUCUUUAUAUCCCAAACGAGAAAAUUUAUUAAUAACUGAUAAAAAAUUCGAAAAAAUUUUAUUAAUUUUAAAGACGUACGUUCAAAGUUACACUAAUGAAGAAAUGAAAGAUAUAUUCAGGUGUCUUGAAUUGUGGCAAACUACACACCGAAUUAAAUUUGAUAAAAACAAUCCAAUACCUUAUUUUCAAUUAUUAAUGGAAUUAGACAACGAUUGUUUCCUUAGGCUGAAUGAUUUUAAAAAUGAAGAUUAUUUGACAUUAUGUGAUCUUUUUUGGAGAAUCAGAUAUCUAAAGGCAGCAUUUAUAAAGAAAGCAGUAAAAAAAUUGGGAAGACAAGUAAAGCAAUUGAAGCCAGAACAUUAUUUACAGUAUUUGUUUAUAAUUAAUGUUUCUCGAAGAGCAUUCAAAAAUAUGUACGAGUUGGAGUAUGCAUUAGAAUUAUUUAUUCCUGCAUACAGUGCUGAAGAACUUGGAGUUAUAUGCAUGGGUUUUUUCAAAACUGAAACCCGAUUAUAUAAUCCUUCAUUACGAAUCAAAAUUAUUAGAAAAUUUAUCGAAGAAAUAGACUCUGUAAGAGAUAUUGCAAUAUGUACGUUAUUUAAAAUAGUGAGACUUAGUCUUGGAGUAGACGAAGAUAAUACAAUGAAAGACCUCUUAAAUGCUUUUCGACCUAAAAUUCAGAAUGUUUCUGGUAUCUGUCUAGUUCAUAUUGCUCAUGCAGUUUCCGCAUUGCAUUUUUAUGAUAAAAGAUUUAUGGAUGAGAUCGUAGAGCGCUUUCAGGAAUUUGUUCCAACUUCAAGGGCAAAAGAUUUGGAAAGAAUUCUUUUCAGUUUAGUAACUUACAAAUAUCCCAAGGAACAUCCUAUUUUUGAACAGAUAGUAAACGAGUUUAGAAAUCCUCAACGUGCAAAAGAACUAGCAAAUCAUCCAGUAUGUUUAGGUGCAUCAUUGAUGUUUUUAUCUCAAGCAGAAAUAUAUCCAUUAGAUUUAAUUUCAAAAGUAUUAGACCAUGAAUAUCUGACAAAAUAUUACAAAAUGAAUCCGUAUAAGAUAGGCAGAGAGUAUUUAACGUUUAGUACUGGUGUACAAAUUGAAGUACCCGAGUAUGAUGGGCCAUUACUUCCAGAAAAAGUUGCGAGAUAUUUAAACAAGAAAUAUAGUACAGACCCACCAGAUUUAGAUCCAGAUAUGAAUGUACGCAUUUCUCAGGCUAGCAGAUUUUUACUUGAAGUUGUUAAUCAUUUGAGAGAUAUUUUGGGAGCUUCUAGUUUUUUUACUGACCAAUUAUUGCCACAUUAUUCAAAACAAGAUAUUAUUUUCUGCCUAGAUAAAAAUAAAAAUUUUGUGUCACCGAAACCACAUUUUCCUCAAGCUGGACAAAUAGGUGUAAUAAAAUAUGCACCUACAGAUCCUGAUGAACAUACAUGGUUAGUUCUUCUUUUGGCUCCAAGAAAUACCAUUUUUAAUAAAUACUCAAUAACAACUGGCUUGUUUGAUGCUAAAAUGAGACAACUUAAAAAAAUUGGCUAUCAGCCCAUUCCGCUGUUAGCUACCAAGUGGAUGUCCAUUGUAUCAGUUGAAGACAGAAAAAAUUAUCUUCGAAGUCUAUUAUUUGCAAAUCAUGUCAAUAAUACAACAUCGAUAAAAUCAUCAUAAAAGUAUUACAAAAUUGUUUUUUUUAUUAUAAUUACUAUAAAGGUAAUGCUUUGGCAAUAUCAUUCGUAAAAAUAGACCAGCUAUAUUUUACAAAAAUUGACAAUUUGUUUUUCAUAGAUUUGUAAAAUAAAAAAUAAUACAAAUCCAUUCAAUUUUUUUUAAGUUAUGAAAUUUACAUUUUGUAUGAAGAAAUUUCUUCUAUAAAAAUGCUUGAAAAACUUUUCGAAUCAUUUUAGAUUCUUUCAUAAUUUAUUAGAAAAUUUUUAAAUCUUCAAAAAUUUUAACGUUAACAAGAAUAAUUAUAGAAAAAAUAGAAUGAUAAAAGAAACAGUUGCUGUAGGGUGAGUUAAGACAUUAGUUAACUCUAAAUUUUUUUUAAUAUCAAACACCCAGUAAUGAACUCAUAAUUUUCUUCGUAUAUUCAUAAGUAACAAAAAGUGUUGCAGUUGCUGGAAUUGUCCUAAUUAGUGUAGGUUUUAAACCAUUGUAUAGUGCACUAACGCCUUCUUCUCGAAUAACUUGCUUCAUGAUAACUAACGCAGGCUCCCUAAGAUUUUUAACCUAAAACAUUGUGAUAAAAAAAUUAUUUUAGUCUAUUGAAAGUACAAAUGUAUUAAACAGAACAAUUUAUUUACUUGAAUUCGACUUUUGACAACAUCAGCAGGAAAAAUAACAAGCCAAAGAACACUUCCACCAACUGCACCGGCAACCAUAGUUUUUUGCCAUCCAAUAUCAUCACGACUUUGUCCAGGUUUAGCGAGAAGAGUUCUUGUCAGUUCAUAGCCACCGAAAAAGAAAAAAUAACCUGGCAUUUCUCUGGCAAUUGUUGAUGAAAGACCUCUGAAUAAUCCUGUAAAUCCAUUCUCCCGAAUUAUGUUUUUCGUGAGUGACCAAGGGCUAAUGUAUUGCUAAAACAAUAAAUAAAAUAAUUAUA